AUGUCUACUACUCCUGUGAAAAAUGAACUAGCCUCUGUUUACGAGAGCAUUCAAAUUACUUUGUCUAAAAUACAAGAAGACUCUGCAAAGAGGAGUAGCCAAGAGCAGGAGCUGAUUUCGUCAGUGGGGAGCGCUAAGUGCCUAGCUGGCAUUUUCUCAUCGCAUCCUCCAACCAACGAUGAAGUAGUGCAAGCUCUCAAAAGUGCCGGUGAAGAGGAGCAGGUGGAAGCAGAGUGUCUGCAGCGCUACCAGCGGUUUGUAGAAGCAAAAAGGCACUGCUUUACUUCUGUGGAGGGUGACCUGCGGACUGUAUGCAAGGUGCUCUCCGGGAUUUUUGCAGCCAACGAAAACGCGGAGGAGUCCACCAGUGGCGAUUACUGUCCUGAGGUGCAGGAAAAUCAAUGCGAUGCUGAAUUGCUGCACUUGUUCCGUCUGUGGCACACGGUCGUGUGCUUGCACAAUUUAGUGCUAGGCUCGUUAAUUAAAAGGGGUUUUGAUAGUCCUCCGUGCGAACUUCAGCGCGUCAGUGCCGAUGAAGAGAGAUCCUACGCUCGUGAAUCAGCGUUGAGGAAUACUGUCGCUGAUACAGAAAAAAUGCUUCUUGCGAUUCGGAGGCGCCGGAGAGACCUAACUGCGGAAACAGAGGCAGUGCGUGCCACAGCGGAAAGCAUGACACCUCUGGGGUUUUCGGAUGAAGCCACUGUGCUGCUUGCGGAUGAAAAAGACGAGCCUCUUGUUAAGAGCUUAAGCCAAGGACUUCACGAACUGCAGCAAUCCAGCGACCGUCUUAGGAAGAAAAAGGCUGCCGUUGAUGAAAGCGCUUCAAGUCUGAUAGAAAAAGUGGAAAGGCUAAGCUCUCAAACAGCAGCGUGCCACUGCUCUAUGGAGGGAUUUUCACAGCGGUCUAGAGAAGCUGCGGAUGAUGCUAACAGUCUGAUGAAUGCAAAAGUAAAAGCUCUUCAGGAACUGUAUCGAAAGGCACAAGAAUGCGCAUCGGAGGAGGGACUUCUUGACAGAGAUGUCGGUAACUACAAGCAGCUGUGUGCACUGCUUGUGGAGUGGGCAGAAAAAGAAGAUUCGGAGGCGGAGCGUAUCGUAGCAGCUGAGCAAGCGUAUCAUUCUUUGCUUUCCCAAGAAAGAAAGCAACAAGAGAAACUCACGUCUCUGCGGUUGUCGAUAAAAAACCUUGAGAGUGCGGUGCGCGAUGCUUCAGCAGAAAAGCAACGCAUUCUAGGCGAAGUGCAAUACUUGUCGAAGCUCAUCUCCAAUCCCACUGUGGUGAAGCAGGUGCUGGCCACGGUAACUGAGGAGUACCAUCCUGAGCGUGAAGUGACCGCAGCUCAUAACUAUCUGAGAUUUGUACAAAAGGCUCGUCUGGAAAGACAUACGUCUCACGAGUAG